CCAUUUCUCUUGCUCUUUUCCCUCUAUAUAUUCCCCUCACACCAUUCCCACCCCUCCACUUCCACUCCUCUCUCUCUCUCUCUCGCUCUCGCUCUCUCUCCACACAACACACACAUAUAUAUAUAUCUACAAAUUAAAAUAGAGACAAAAGAAACCCUUUAAUUUAUAUGGUUUUCUUGUAUAAUUAUUAAUAUAUAUAUAAUUAUGGGAAGACCACCUUGCUGUGACAAAUUUGGUGUGAAGAAAGGGCCAUGGACUCCAGAAGAGGACAUCGUCUUGGUUUCUUACAUUCAAGAACAUGGCCCCGGAAAUUGGAGAGCUGUUCCUUCUAACACAGGUUUGCUUAGAUGCAGCAAGAGCUGCCGGCUCCGGUGGACUAAUUAUCUCCGGCCGGGCAUCAAGCGCGGCAACUUCACCCAACAGGAGGAGAAGAUGAUCGUUCACCUCCAAGCUCUUCUUGGCAAUCGAUGGGCUGCUAUAGCUUCGUAUCUUCCCCAGAGGACGGACAACGACAUCAAGAACUACUGGAACACGCACUUGAAGAAGAAGCUGGGAAUCAAGACUCAAGGGGAUGAUCAUGACAAGAGCGAAAAUGAUGGGGGGAGUUGUACAGAUUCACAAUCAAUUUCAAAGGGGAAGUGGGAGAGAAGGCUCCAAACAGACAUCCACAUGGCCAAACAGGCCUUAUGCGAGGCUCUCUCCCUCCACAGAUCCGACAAGAAUUCAUCGACGGAUUCGACAAUCUGUUCAGAAACUAAGUUGAUUCAGACGUCGACGUAUGCGUCUAGCGCCGAAAACAUCGCUCGUUUGCUAGAAAACUGGUCGAAAAAGUCUCCAAGCUUGUCUCAAAGAGGCUCAUGUGAGAGCACUCACAGUACUAGUUCCUUUAACAAUUAUAACCCUUCAGCUGGAAUUAGUUCCAGCGCGAGUGAGGCGGCGAUCAGCACGGCGACAACGACAAGGUUCUUGAAUUCUCCGAAUUUUAUUGAGGAUCAAGAAGCCAAGUUUGAGAGUGGAAAUGCGAAUGGGAUUUUGUUGCAAGAAGAUGAUCAUCAGAGGAAGCACAAUUAUAAGUUGGAUAUGACUCAAGUGCCCCUUGGCCUGCUGGAGAAAUGGUUAUUCGAUGAUGCAGGUGGACAAGGGCAGGAUGGGGAUAUGAUCAUGGAGAUGGCCUUGGUGGGGGGAACUGCUGAUUUGUUCUGAGGAAAAAAUGUUGUCUUAAAAUCUUCAGAACAACUUACCAGUUUUUUAAUUAGGGUAUAUUUUCUUAAUUUCUGGAGAUUUAGGGUUUGAUGAACUGAUAAUAGGUUUUAAUCAUGAAUAUAGAAAAAUUAGGUUUUGUCCUUUGCAGAAAGUGUAUAUUGCUCACUUUGUAGUAGUGGAUAGGAAUAAGCUUUCAUAUGAUAUCAUCUCAUCCCUCUUGGAACAAAUUAAAGUGUUUGUACCCUUGUGCAUCAUUGGGUGUACAUUCCUGAGAAAUGAGAAUUAGGGUUUGACUUUUGAUGCUUUGGAAAUCACAAUAUGCUCUGUUU